AGCUAAAUUGAUAUUAGCUUGGUUAUUUGAAGUCCUCUAUACAACACUUCAUACCUUUAUGCAUUUUACUAGGCUUAUAUGUUUAACAGUUGCUACUGUUGCUACGGAUACUAGUAUGUUUAUGAUAGUUGUUACAAAUAAUCUUGCUGAGAUUAAAUCAACUACCUUUAAGAGAUAUGAUGCAAGAGGUCUAUUCCCUAUUGCAUGUUCUGAUAUGGUAGAACGUUUCUACUUAGCAGUUGAUAUAGCUAUAAUGUUAUAUAGAAUGUCAACUAGUCCACAAAAACAUCCAAUGCCUAUGGCUGAGGUAUUCUUUUGGAUUGGUGUUAUGGUAUUCAUUGAGAUUGGUACUGAUUGGUUCAAGUUCUGGUGUAUAUGUAAAAAGAAUCUUCUUGAAUCCAAGAUAUUUGAUCAAUAUCGAGCGUUAUUAUUCCAUGAUGUACUACAUUCACGAUCAUCACCAUUAACAUUACCAUCAUCACAACACAAUACUACAACUACUACGGAAUUACCAUAUCGUAAUUCUUUGUCGGUAUCACAUGGCCCUACUACUAGAUUAUGUUUUUGCCCAUUACCAUUAAGUACUCUUAUAUUGA